AUGAAAUGUUGUUUGGGGCAUCGCAGCAGAACAGCGGCAAAAAAAUUCGCGGCGUGCAAUUGCUUUCCCGCGACUUACACUCUCUCCGCGGUCCGCUGCAGUCCGCUGCUGUUCCGGGAAAAAAAUGACGAAAAUCCCCUUCCAAUCCUUUCAAAUGGAGGAACUGAUCUCCCCUUCGUCGUUGCCGGCUGCAUAAGGUUUAACAGCGAGGGCUUGAUCCCGAGGUUCUCGAGGAACUUCCCGGACGCUUGGUGUUAUUCAGAAGUGAAGGGAGGCAACAAAAUCGGAAAGGGCGCGCUCGAGUGUGCAAUCUGCCUGAACGAAAUUCGGAGGAUGACGAGACCAUCCGCCCUCCCCCGAGUGCGACCACUGUUUUCCAAUCAGGAGUGUGUAGACGCCUGCGCUCGAAAAACCCACGUCACUUGCCUGUUUGCCCGCGCUAAUUACACCUUCUAUUUCUCCCGAUCGUGCAUCCAGAAUUCUCCGCCCCGCGAAACGAUGGGGCCAAUGCUGCCGCCAGCGCCUCCGCAUCAAGCUUUUACCUCCCGACGCUCCGCCGGCCAGAUCAUGUGGAUUUCGAGGUCGCACUCGACUGGGCACUCGAUGAUGCCGCAAGGAGAGGCGGGUCUCGAUCGUUUCACGUUGCGGCUGCCGGAGAAACAAUGA